AGCAGCACCUGCGGGGCCCCUGGCGCUGCAGGAAACUGCAGCCAAUGUCAGCCGUGCCCUUCGCUCGCCGCCGGCCGCAGCCGCUGCAGCAUCACAAUCCUGCCAUGUGCCGGUACUGGUGCGGAUGGUAACAAGAGUUCAUAUGGUUCUGUUUCUACCUCUGUAGUUGUUACUGUGGUAGUCCAGACUUCCAAAGUCUGUUUCAGAGGUGUUUGGAAAUACAGUUUUAAACUCCCUCACAGACACGCAAAAAAAAAACCCCACUUGCUGUAAAAAAAUCACUAUGGAAUAUGUAGUCAGAUACCAUUUUGCAAUAUUGCAUUUACUCACGUUACUGCGGGGAAAGGUUCAUUCAAGGCAAAACUCAUGUGUUUUUCAUGCAUCUUUGAUGUCAGCACAUAAAAUUGAAGAACAUUUCCAAAACUUAAUAGGAAUAAUUAAAAUCUCUGUGUAAAUAUUGGAGAAACAUUGAAAUGUUUCUGCUUUAAAUGACUGACCUGAAGCUACAGAAAAGCAUAUGUGUAAAUUUAAGUUAAAUUUAAAAUAUGCAAGCUGGAAAGACAGAGAGGGAAAUGUAUCUGUGGUAGCUUAAAUAAGAACAGGAAAAAUAAUCUCUAGAUUAGUAAAAGUAAUUUAUCACUGGGGUAACACUUUACUGUACCCUUAGGGUUGUGGAAAUCUGUUAUCACUAAAAGAUGUUCAUGAUAGCAGGGGUGUAAGUAAAAAAAAAAAAAAAAAAGUGUUUUAGGUCUAUAAUAAUUUAUUUCAGGAUUUUUGUAUCAUUUCAUGUUAUAUACCAACAAAGUGCGCCAAAAUAGUCUGUCCUAUUACUUUUAAAAUGGAAAGUUGCUUCAUUGCAGCCACAGAUUCCAAGCUUUCCCUCACUGCCUAGAAACUGCCAAAUGCUGUAAGGUUGUGUUGCAUCACGUGGUGCAACAUUGAAAUCUUUCCUAAUACCGCAGUACACUGCAGUAGAAUGGUUUUGAUGCAGAUUACCUGGAGAUUAUUCAAACAGUCCACGUUACCUCACUGAAACAUGAAGCAAAUUGGUGUGAUCCUCCUGGCAUCAUGCUGCAGUGCCACGCUGCAGGAUAUUGCAGGAGCAGGAAACUUUUUGACACCUUUAGCUCUGCACUGAUGUAUUGUUUCAGAGUGGGAUGAUGGAGCAAAAGUAGCACGGCAGUGAUUGCACAGUAAAUCACAGAGAACUGAGGGGGAAGGGUUCUUUUCACAUUGUUCCCGGGUAACAGUGCAUAGAAAUCAUCUGACAGACAAAUCUCUAGUGAAAGCUUUUUAGUUUAUAGCUUUUCCCUUCUAAGAGUCUAGAGCUCACUGGUGUCUUGAGGAUAAUGGUUAUCAAAAAUGAUAUAAUAAAUUUCGUGACAGCUGCUCAAUUUUUUUUUUCAAAUGCAAAAGAGAGUACAGUUUAAUACAAGAAAUGCUGACAUGCAUGAUUUUUCAGAGAGCUGCUGCUCCAGGCUUUUGAGUCAACUAUUUCACAUGCACAUCAAAUUGCUGCUCAGGCUUUCUUUAUAUUUAUUACUGCUCCAUGCUUGUUAAAUACUGCAGGGUAUAGUAGUGUGGUUAAAAUAUUACUUCCAUGGUGAAUGAAGUUUAAGUUGCUGAAGUUACUACACAUUAUAAAAAAGCAAAUUAUAUGUGGAUAGAUUUUUUCCCCCAAAUAGUAAUAAAGAGAAUUUAAGAGAAGUUUUAUAAGUAUCACACUUUAAUCUAAGAUUCUUUACAGAAUGUUUUUUAGGGGACUUUUCCUAAAUCAUAAGGAUGAUAAGCAGAGAAGACAAAAGAAAUGAAGAGAGAAGGUUAAAACAAAAACUCUCAUCUGAGAUUUGACCUCAGAAGGGAAACCCUGGAGGUGAAGGCAUUGCAGAGAAGUAAAAGAAGGAAGUGUCUGUGUGACAAGAAAGCCACUUAACAAUGAAAAAAUUCACGCUAUUUGAUUUUGUAAAUGAUAAUUCGCUGCAAAUUGGAGAGACUUCAUGGAUACAGGACCUUCCCUGUGAUGACAGCGAACUAGAAAGACUUCUGAAACCCAAUGAGCACGUACUAGUAAACUGGCCUGUGGGAGAAAGAAAGACAGAAAAGCACCUGGUGAAGGUUGUGUACAUGAGUGAUGACCCCCAAGAGCUGGUGGAAAUGAUGCAAAAGAUAUUACAAGCAGAUGAAAUCACAAAAAUACAGGUCCUUGGAAAAAGCAAGAGGAAGAGGAUAGAAAUGAUAUUCUCAGAAAGUGAGGACAGUGACCUGGAUAAAGAAAAGGGGAAGAUGAUGAAACAUAUAAAAAGAAAGAAAUCAUUGCAGGCAUCUGCUCCUGCCAACAUCCUGAGUCAAUUUGAAACAUCUUUAAUUAACAAACAGAGAGAACCAUAUUCAGGAAGCAACUUUCUAUAUAGUGAAAGUAGCAGUGAUGAUGAAGAACCUUUAUUUCAACUCUCCAAGGUAGAACUAUGUGCCAAAAUUAAAAGUCUCAAGAGGAAGCUGACAGAUACCAUGAGAGAAAACUGCCGCCUGAGGCAGUCCCUGGUGAUGCUUCAAGUGCUGCCACAGGCAGUCAGUCAUUUUGAGGAGCUGGUGGGGAUGGCUGAAGCACUGCUCAAAGGAGGAGUGACGUCAUCUACGCCCAGUCUGCAUCCACAUGCUGUUUGGAAGGCAUCUCACAAUCCAUUAGCAGAUUCCUAUGCAGCUAUGCAUAGUAACUCCAGCUCACCAAUAACUUUGAAUGUGGAAGAUGAGGAGCAACAGACUGAAAAACAGUUCAAGAUCGAAAAGUGGCAGAUUGCACUUUGUAACAAGAGCAAACCUCAAAAAUUUAUAAAUGACUUGAUGCAAGCACUUUAUACACAUGAAUACAUGGCUACACACAGCCUGACAGGUGCAAAGUCCUCCUCUUCAAAGGAUAAAGCGGCAAAACCAGCUAUGAAUCAGAAUGAAGUUCAGGAAAUCAUAGGAAUUACAAAACAGUUGUUUCCAAACACAGAUGAUGCUUUAAUUAGGCGAAUGAUGGGACAAAAACUGAACAACUGCACCAAGAAGCCAAUUUUAAGCAAAGAUCUUAACUCAGGUGCUUUUCAGAAACAUAGCUUUUGUGGUUCAACAGCUGCUCCUCAGGGCAUCAACUCUUCGGCUGUUCCUCCUUGUACCCAAGACCAGCAGGAUGAUGAUUCACCAGCUGCUAAUGCACAACUUCAGCAAAGUGACAGCUGCCCGACUCCUCCAGCUCCCGCCCCAGAAGGUCAGCAGGAGUGUCCCAAACCCACUUCUAAGGCGGAGUCUCAACUCGCCAGCAGCUCACCAGCGCCCUCUCCCAACCAGCGUUGCGGACAGGAUCUCAGGAACUCAGACAAGGAAUAACAGAAGGUGUUUCAUUCCAGCUCACAUGCUCAAUGGAGAUUAAGAAGCAGUAUAAAAUGAAAAAUAAAUAAUAUCUAAAUUGUACUAGAUAUAUGGUAGUGUCCAACAGUGGACAGAGAUAGAAGCCUGAGAACCUUUUUCUUAAACAAAUGAAAAUCCCAUACUCUAGAAAAAAAAUGAAAGCAUAUUAAUAUCUUUGGAUUUAAAAUGUUAUAAGAUAUAUGCAUGUUAUGCAGUAAUUAAAACUUGUAAGGAAGAAUACAAGUAGAGUUACCCUUAGUUAGAAAAAAAACAUUAUUUAAAGUAUUACCAAAAUAAUAUAUACAAGGAACCAUAAUUCCCUUUGCUUUCACCUGGACAGCUGAGUGAAAAUUGCUUAACCAAUCAGAGAAAGAUAUUGUAUAUUAAUGCAAAAAAGAUAUAGUGAUAUGGAGAGAAAACAGAAAGAUCUCCCAGUGAAAUGAAGACUGUGGCCAGCACAGAAGUAGAAAGCACAGGGCCACAUGAGCAGGAGAAGAAGAAAUAAAAUAGAUGUUUGAGGCUGCUAUUAACUUGGAAAACAAAAAAACUUUCUUAGGGCAAUGAAACUACAACUUUCAAGAUAUGCACAGGAAAGAAGCAGUUAUUUUUUAACCUCUCAAAGUGGAAAGAUAAUGGAAGAAGCCAUGUUCCUUCGUAGCUCAGGGAAGAGUCCUCCAGGAGAGCCUGUUUAGUUAUGGAAGCUAUUCUCCUACAGGGAUUCUGCUGCUAGUAUUUUGCUGGUUUUUACUCUCUUUUCUUCUCUGACCAUCAGGUACAUAGGAUAAGGGUGCCUGGUCCCUUCAGUUGGGUAAUAGAGGACACUUCAGCAGAAGCAGCUAGUAAAGGACAGAGUUGCCUGCCAGCUUUUAAUCCCUGUGUUUUGAUUUUGGUAUGCUACCCCUUGCUUAGAGAAGGGGUAGACAGGCAGAAUAUUCCUCAUGGGACUACAACCAGAAAAAUCCCAGGAUCUGGGCAGUUCCCCUUGAGCUCUCAUGCCAGUUCUUCCAGGAAGCAGCUUGCAGUCACACAAACCCUUUAAGAGCACGAGGAGGAAGAGUGGAAGGUACAGGUUCCCCAGGGCAGUGGUCACGGCACCAGUCUGGCAGAGUUCAAGAAGUGUUUGGACAGUGUUCUCAGUGUUCUCAGGCACAUGGUGACUCUUGGGGUUCUGCCAUGGGAAGGAGAGAACGCUUGGGACUAUAGCUUUCCUGUUUGAGUGUACUUGUCCCAGAACUGAGAGUACUAUUAGCUGAAUCUAUUUCAAACAUGGAAAACAAGCAACUAACAAAUCAGAUUGGAGAAAUGAAAUUGCAUUAAGUUGAAGAAAAAUCUAGCUUGAUUUAAGAAGGAUUUCAGGAUAUCUGAGCUACGGAAAUGAAUUAGAAAUAAUAUUAGAGUGAACACUGAAAAAAAUGUGAAGAUAAGGUUAUCAGCCAAAUACUGCUGAAGGGAAGUGCUGCAAAUCUAACUGUUCUAGAGCAAGGCACUAAUAGAGUGCACUGUGGAGAAGACUUUUUUGUGGGCUGGGGUACAAAUUCAGUGAUUUGCUAUCCUUUUUCAUCUCUCACCCUACAAUUCCUUUAGAUCAGAUCAGGAUGAAAGCAGGUAUGAAAUAUAUUAGUUCUAUCUCAUGCUAUUAACUACCAUCUAUGAAAUGUAAGAGAAGGAUGUUUGCUAUUAUGUAAAUUUUGUAUAUGUAAUUGUAUGUACAGCAUAUAUAAUAAUGUAUAUAGUUAAUCAUAUUUUUGA